AAAGCAACUAGAUAUAUUAAUAAUGAUUUUUCUUGUAAGUUCCAAACGACCCAUAAUUUCAAGGAAAUAAAAAAAAAAAAAAAAAAUUAUACACAUCCUCUGAUGCCUGAUAUAGUGAUAACUUACUCAAAAUAGAAGAGGUAAUAUUAAUCCCUGUUCUUUAAUGCUUCUUUUAACACCAACAAGUCUUCUAUCUCGAAAAACAUUUCUCAUUCUUCUCUCUGAUUCAUCGUUAUGGACCAGCUAACCCGCGUCUUCCACCGCUUCGACGCCAACGGCGAUGGCAAGAUCUCUGCCGACGAGCUCACCGCGGCCAUGCAAGCGCUAGGAUCCGACACCUCUCCCGACGAAAUCCGCAAGACAAUGGAGGAAAUCGACACGGAUCAUGACGGUUACAUCAACGAGGAGGAAUUUGUAAAAUUCUGCAACACCGAUUUUAACAACGACGGCGGAAUGAAAGAGCUGGAAGAGGCGUUUGCCACGUAUGAUAUUAAUAAGAAUGGAUUGAUUUCUGCGGCGGAGCUGCACCAGAUUAUGACGAAACUCGGGGAGGACAGGACGGAGGAAGAUUGCAAGAAGAUGAUCAAGAGUGUGGAUUCGGAUGGGGAUGGGUUUGUUAAUUUUGAGGAGUUUAAGAUCAUGAUGAAUCAAAAUUGAUUGUGCUGCUGCAUGGUAUUCAAACCAGAUUGAAUUCAAUAAUUAUGGAAUAAAAUUCUUUUUUAUGUAGUUUGAUUUUAUUUUUUUAUAUACAGAAAUAUUGUUAUUUAACUAGGUUCAUCGUUUGCAUGGUUUGUAUCUGUUAUUAUAUUUUCCGG